AGAGGUUGGGAGCACUUCAUGACUGCAGUGUCUCUCACACCUUCUGAUCCCGAAUCACAACCAGCCCAAAGUCCAGACUUCAUCAUAAGACACAGGGACAGAGUUUCCACGCCGCUGGGCUCUGGCACAGCCGUCUGGCUGCCGUUGGUCCGAAUCCUGAGGAGAACGAAGACCUCAGCGAUCAGAAGCUGCUGACUGACUCACACUCGACUUAAAGGCCAUUGGCUCAGGAUUGGCAACAACAUGGGGGACACCAAGGAGAUGCAAAAUGGCACAGACGUCCACGGACCUGUGGCCGGCAUAUUCCUGGAGAAGACGAAGGAGAAGAUAACCAUAUAUCAGGCCAUGAAAAAACGCUUCCUUAAGCCAGCAACAGCGUUGGCCCUGCUUGAAGCACAAGCAGCCACAGUAGGCAUCAUUGACCCCAUCAACAACAAAAUACUAAGUGUGCUAGAUGCUGUUAAAGCGGGAAUUGUAGGUCCAGAGAUGAAAGAGAAAUUGCUCACAGCAGAGAAAGCAAUCACUGGUUACAUAGACCCCUACACAAAUCAAACAAUAUCUGUAUUCCAAGCGAUGCAAAAAGAUUUAGUCACAAGAACUUAUGGGCUGAGAAUGCUCGAAGCCCAGAUCGCAACAAAAGGCCUGUUCGAUCCCAUUGAGAAGACAAACGUCUCGGUUGACACUGGGAUUGGGAAGGGGUACUAUGAAAAAGGUUUGCUUGAUAACCAAAUGGAGGAGCUCAAAGUGUUUUAUGAUCCAACUGCACAAAAGAAUGUCGGCUACCAAACCCUCUUGGAGAAAUGUAUGGUGGAGCCUGACACAGGUUUGCUGCUCCUUCCAGUUUGCAUCACCUUCAAAGGUCUGCGUAGAGGCAUAUCCUCCACCGAACUUCUUGAAUCAAAGAUCAUUGACAAAGAAAUAUACGAUGACCUGCAAAAAGGAAAGACAACAACACAGGAAGUGUUGCUGAUGGAAACUGUAAAGGAAUACCUGCAAGGAAAGGGCUCCAUUGCAGGCAUAGCUCUUCUCUCAACCAAUCAAAGAAUGAGCAUCUAUGAAGCCAUGAGGAAAGGCAUACUGAUGCCCGGAACAGCACUUGUUCUGCUUGAAGCACAAGCUGCGACCGGAUUCAUGAUUGAUCCGGUGGAAAACAAAAAGUACACUGUAGAUGAAGCUGUCAAAAACAAACUUGUUGGCCCAGAAUACACUGCAAAACUGCGUUCUGCUGAGCGAGCAGUCACUGGAUACAUAGACCCUUAUUCAGGUGAAACGAUAUCACUGUUUCAAGCGCUGUCAAAAGACCUGAUCGUUCAGGAACAUGGGAUCCGUCUUCUUGAGGCACAAAUUGCUACAGGUGGGAUCAUAGACCCAAUCAACAGCCACAGACUUCCGACAGAAAUAGCCUUCAAGAGAGGUUAUUUGACUAAAGAGAUGAAUGCCAUACUAGAGAAUUCAGGGGAUGACACAAAAGGUUUUUUUGACCCAAAUACAGAGGCUAAUCUAACAUAUCUUGAGUUGAUGGAAAGGUGUGUCAUUGAUCCUGCCACUGGACUGUGUCUCCUCCCUCUCCAUGACAAAUCAGACACACGGAACUUCAACUUCAUCGAUUACCAAACCAAGAUGCUCUUCAAACAGGAGAAAGUGAAAGUCACGCACGGAAAGUACAUGGGGAUGACAGUAUCCCUGUGGGAACUUCUGAUGUCAGAAUACUUUGAUGAACAGCAGAGGCAGGACAUCUUCAAAAAAUACAGGGAAGGAACGCUGGAUGUUAAGACAAUCAUCAAAACAGUUCUGGAAAUCAUAGAAACAUCAGUGACAACAACUAAAGUUGUUUUUGAAGGCAUCCGAGAAACUGUUACAGCAAAACAGCUUGUGGAGGCAGAAAUCAUUAGUGAGGAGAUUCUGGAAGAGCUGAAUAAGGGCAAAAUGUCAGUCAAGGAAGUGGUGGAAGACGAACAUGUAAAUAUGUACUUGAAGGGCAUGGGCAGCAUUGCAGGUGUUCUGCUUCCAAAUUCUCAAAUCAUGACCAUCUACCAGGCCAGACAAAAAGGCAUGCUGAUGCCAGGAACUGCUCUGAUUCUGCUGGAGGCCCAGGCAGCAACAGGGUUUGUCAUUGACCCUAUUGGAAACCGAAAGUUUUCAGUAGAUGAUGCUGUAAAAGCAAAUAUAGUGGGACCUGAUGUCUGUCAAAAGCUGCGCUCAGCAGAGAAAGCCGUCACUGGAUACCGAAAUCCAUAUGAUGGCAAAAUAAUCUCUUUGUUCCAAGCGAUGCAAAAUGAUCUGAUUGUGAAAGAACAUGGAAUCAGACUGCUGGAGGCACAAAUCGCUACUGGAGGGAUCAUCGAUCCAGUGAACAGCCAUCGUAUCCCUGUUCAUGUGGCCUAUAAGAGGGGCUACUUUAAUGAAGAAAUGAAUCAGAUCCUGGAUGAUCCAAGUGACGACACCAAAGGUUUCUUUGACCCAAACACCCAGGAGAACCUGACAUACUUGCAACUCUUGGAAAGAUGUGUCACAGAUUCCAUCACAGGCCUGUGCCUUUUGCCUCUUAAAGGAAAGAUGCACAAAAUAAACAUAAAGGAUAACAUUUGGGAAAUACUCAAAACAACAACAGUCACUGUCAAAUACGGCAGGUUCAAGGGAAAGCACACAACACUGUGGGAUCUCAUCAAUUCGGAAUAUUUGUCUGAAGACAAGCGGCAGGAACUAUUCAAGCUCUUCAGGUUGAGGAAAAUCACAGUUGAGCAACUCACUGUCACCAUUUUAGAGAUCAUUAAGGCAAAAGAGAUAAAGCAGCAAGAGGAAUUAUACCUUGAAGGUCUGAGAGGGAAGGUUUCUGUUCUGACCCUGGCGGAGCUGGGAAUUGUAGAUGAAAAAACCUACAACGACUUGAUUGAUGGAAAGACAACAAGCACUAACGUGAUGAACAUGGAGAGUGUGAGAAAUUACCUACGAGGAACAAACUGUGUGGCUGGGGUGAUACUGCAACCCUCCAAUCAGAAGCUAAGCAUCUAUGAAGCACAAAGGAGUGGCAUCCUCACACCUGGUACUGCCCUUUGCCUUCUUGAAGCGCAAGCUGCUACCGGCUUCAUCGUUGACCCUCUGAGAAAUAAAAAGUUCACAGUAGCACAAGCUCUCAAAGAAAACAUGGUUGGUCCUCAAAUGUAUGAAAAACUUUUGUCUGCAGAAAGAGCUGUCACAGGUUACAGAGAUCCAUAUACAGGCCACACAAUUUCACUUUUCCAAGCCUUGGAAAAGGAUCUCAUUGUGAGGCAGCAUGGCAUUCGUUUACUUGAGGCCCAGAUUGCUACGGGUGGCAUUAUUGAUCCAAUAAUGUGCAUCCACUUGCCUGUUGAGGUUGCUUACAAAAAAGGGUACUUCGAUGCAGAACUUAAUCAGAUACUAUCAGAUCCAACUGAUGACACAAAGGGCUUUUUUGACCCCAAAACGCACGAAAAUCUCACGUAUUCCGAAAUGUUGAGCAGAUGUGUAAAAGAUAAAGAAACAGGACUGCUUCUCCUGCCACUGAAUGAUAAGCCCAAAGUCACAACAGCAGCGGAAAAAAUGUACACUGAGGCAGAGAUACAGCAAGAGUUUGAAAAGACAGUUGUCAGUGUCUCUGUUGGAUGUUAUUCAGGAAAAUCUGUUUCCUUGUGGGACCUGCUCCAUUCCCGGUACUUCACUGAAGAUCAGCUGCUUGAGAUUAUUGAAAAAUUCAGAACAAGGCGGAUUACCACACAAACUGUAAUCACAUUGGUCAUCUCCACAAUUGAAAAACUGGCGAAAAGUGAAGCUCCUAAGACAAUCAUGGGCUUGAGAAAGCUUGUCUCUGCAGAACAACUCCUGGAUUCUGAUGUUAUCAAUGAAGACACGUUCAAAAAAGUGAAAGAAGAAACUGUUGCAUUUGAAACAGUGGCCCAAGAGGAGUCUGUGAAAAGAUACCUUAAAGGGACUGGGAGCAUAGCUGGAAUCAAAGUUCUUCCAUCACAGACAGUCAUGCGCAUAUAUGAAGCAAAAAAUAAAGAUCUACUGACACCUGGCAUGGCACUCUUGCUACUUGAAGCACAAGCUGCAACAGGAUGGAUCAUUGAUCCUCUUGAAAACAAGUUCUACACUGUUGAUGAAGCGAUCAAAGAGAAAGUAAUUGGACCUGAUGUUCGUGAACAACUUCUGUUGGCAGAACGAGCCGUCACGGGCUAUGAAGAUCCUUACACAGAUAUAGGAAUAACUCUAUUUGAAAGCAUGAAAGAACAACUCAUUCCAAGAAGCAAUGGCCUCCGACUUCUUGAAGCACAGAUAGCAACUGGAGGAAUCAUUGAUCCAAAUCAAAGUCAUAGAGUACCUGCUCAUGUUGCAAUUAGAAAGGGAUAUCUGGAUGAAGAAACUCAUGAAAUUCUGCUGAAGUCCUCUGACAGCACAAAGGGAUUCUUGGACCCAAACACAAAAGAAAACGUCACAUACCUUCAGCUGAUCAACCGAUGUGAGAAAGAUCCUAAAACUGGACUGCUUCUCCUCCCACUGAAUACAGAAGCAUCACAUGAGCUGCAUACUGAUGAGCAAAUAGAAUUUGCACUGAAAAACAAAAUCAUCACCUUAAAUGUGGGCACAUUUACGGGCAAAGAUGUGUCAGUGUGGGAAGUGUUGUUAUCUGCAUACAUAUCAGAACAAAAAAGGGAGCAACUCAUACAACAAUACAGGACAAAAACCUUGACAAUAGAGGAGAUUAUUGAAAUAAUUACAGCUAUUGUUACAGAAGUGUCAUCCAAAGAAAAGAAGUUCAAAGGAUUGAGAAAGCAAGUCUCGGCCAGUGAGUUGUAUGAGUCAAAGAUUAUCUCAAAGGAGCUUUUCUCUCAGAUCAUACAAGGAGAAAUAACACCAGAUAAAGUUACCAAAAUGGAAUCUGUUCAAAAGUUCCUCGGAGCAACAAACUGCAUUGCAGGUGUCAGAGUUGAAUCCACAAAAAAGGUUAUGAGCAUCUACGAAGCCAAAAGCAAAGGUCUUCUGACUCCUGGCACCUCUCUGAUCCUGCUGGAAGCCCAAGCUGCAACUGGCUUUGUCAUUGACCCAGUCAACAACAAGAAACUUUCUGUGGAGGAAGCUGUAGCUCAAGGAGUGGUUGGACAGGAGUGGAAAAAGAAAUUGCUUUCAGCAGAGAGAGCAGUUACAGGAUACAAAGAUCCUUACACUGGAGACACAAUUUCAUUGUUCCAGGCUUUGACAAAAGAUCUAAUUGUGAAAGAUCAUGGAAUCCGUCUCCUUGAAGCACAGAUUGCAACAGGAGGCAUAAUUGACCCUGUGCACAGUCACAGAGUGCCUGUUCAGGUGGCAUACCAAAGAGGUUACUUUGAUGAAGAAAUGAAUGAAAUCUUAUCUGAUGCCGACGACGACACCAAAGGCUUCUUUGACCCCAACACCAAAGAGAACCUCACUUAUCUUCAGCUGAUUGAGAGGUGUGUCAUAGACCCAGUUACAGGUUUAAAUUUGCUGUCUAUUGUCAAAAAGGGUGAGUUUUAUUUCUUUGUUGACGAGGCAACUAAACUCAUCCUGAAAUCUACGACAACAACCAAAGCUGGAGGGAAGUAUAAAGGGUUGGUUGUCUCUCUCUGGGAUCUGAUAUACUCCAGGUACAUCACUGAGGAGAAGAGACGAGAGCUUGUGAAACAGUUCAAGAGUGGUGCUAUCACAAUUGAACGCUUUUUGGAAAUCAUCCUGACAAUCAUUCAGCAGAACACGACAACCACGUCUUCAUCAUCAACAAUCGUCACAGGUCCUCCACCAGAAACAAAGGAGAACAGUUCCACAACCAAGACAUCCAGCAGUACAACAAAAACUACAACCACAACCAUCACAGAGACUACAGAAGUUGAUACCUUCCAUGGAAUCAGAAAGGAUGUCACUGCCUCUGAACUGCUUAAAUCAAAAAUCAUUGACGAGGAGCUCUAUGAAGAUCUCAGUACUGGAAAAGUUACUGUGACAGAAGUCAGUGAGAUGGCCUCGGUGCGCAAGUACCUGGAAGGAACUAACUGCAUUGCAGGAGUGUAUAUCCAGUCAACCAACCAGACUAUGAGCAUCUAUGAAGCCAAAAGCAAAGGUCUUCUGACUCCUGGCACCUCUCUGGUUCUGCUGGAAGCCCAAGCUGCAACUGGCUUUGUCAUUGACCCAGUCAACAACAAGAAACUUUCUGUGGAGGAAGCUGUAGCUCAAGGAGUGGUUGGACAGGAGUGGAAAAGCAAAUUGCUUUCAGCAGAGAGAGCAGUUACAGGAUACAAAGAUCCUUACACUGGAAACACAAUUUCUUUAUUCCAGUCCUUGAAGAAAGACCUUAUUGUGAAAGAUCAUGGAAUCCGUCUUCUUGAAGCACAGAUUGCUACAGGGGGCAUAAUUGACCCUGUGUACAGUCACAGAGUACCCGUUCAGGUGGCAUACCAAAGAGGUUACUUUGAUGAAGAAAUGAACAAGAUUUUGUCUGAUGCUGACGAUGACACCAAGGGCUUCUUUGACCCCAACACCAAAGAGAACCUCACUUAUCUUCAGCUGGUUGAGAGGUGUAUCACAGAUCCCAUCACAGGCCUCAGCUUGCUGGUCAUUGUGAAAAAAGGAGAGCUGUAUUUCUUUGUUGAUGAGGCAACAAAACACAUUCUGAAAUCAAAAACAACCACCAGAGCUGGAGGGGAAUAUCAAGGAGCAACAGUCUCUCUCUGGGAUCUGCUAUACUCCAGGUACGUUGCUGAGGAGAAGAGACAGGACCUUGUGAAACAGUUCAAGAGUGGUGCUAUCACAAUUGAACGCUUUUUGGAAAUCAUCCUGACAAUCAUUCAGCAGCACACGACAACAACCUCUUCAUCAUCAACAAUCGUCACAUGUCCUCCACUAGAAACAAAAGAGACAUCCAGCAGUACAACAAAAACUACAACCACGACCAUCACUGAGACUACAGAAGUUGAUACCUUCCAUGGAAUCAGAAAGGAUGUCACUGCCUCUGAACUGCUUGAAUCAAAAAUCAUUGACGAGGAGCUCUAUGAAGAUCUCAGUACUGGAAAAGUCACUGUGACAGAAGUCAGUGAGAUGGCCUCGGUGCGCAAGUACCUGGAAGGAACUAACUGCAUUGCAGGAGUGUAUAUCCAGUCAACCAACCAGACUAUGAGCAUCUAUGAAGCCAAAAGCAAAGGUCUUCUGACUCCUGGCACCUCUCUGGUUCUGCUGGAAGCCCAAGCUGCAACUGGCUUUGUCAUUGACCCAGUCAACAACAAGAAACUUUCUGUGGAGGAAGCUGUAGCUCAAGGAGUGGUUGGACAGGAGUGGAAAAAGAAAUUGCUUUCAGCAGAGAGAGCAGUUACAGGAUACAAAGAUCCUUACACUGGAAACACAAUUUCAUUGUUCCAGGCUUUGACAAAAGAUCUAAUUGUGAAAGAUCAUGGAAUCCGUCUCCUUGAAGCACAGAUUGCAACAGGAGGCAUAAUUGACCCUGUGUACAGUCACAGAGUGCCCGUUCAGGUGGCAUACCAAAGAGGUUACUUUGAUGAAGAAAUGAACAAGAUUUUGUCUGAUGCCGAUGAUGACACCAAGGGCUUCUUUGACCCCAACACCAAAGAGAACCUCACUUAUCUUCAGCUGGUUGAGAGGUGUAUCACAGAUCCCAUCACAGGCCUCAGCUUGCUGGUCAUUGUGAACAAAGGAGAGCUGUAUUUCUUUGUUGAUGAGGCAACAAAACGCAUUCUGAAAUCAAAAACAACCACCAGAGCUGGAGGGGAAUAUCAAGGAGCAACAGUCUCACUCUGGGAUCUGCUAUACUCCAGGUACGUUGCUGAGGAGAAGAGACGGGACCUUGUGAAACAGUUCAAGAGUGGUGCUAUCACAAUUGAACGCUUUUUGGAAAUCAUUCUGACAAUCAUUCAGCAGCACACGACAACAACCUCUUCAUCAUCAACAAUCGUCUCAAGUCCUCCACUAGAAAUUAAAAAAGACAGUUCCACAACCAAGACAUCCAGCAGCACAACAAAAACUACAACCACGACCAUCACUGAGACUACAGAAGUUGAUACCUUCCAUGGAAUCAGAAAGGAUGUCACUGCCUCUGAACUGCUUAAAUCAAAAAUCAUUGACGAGGAGCUCUAUGAAGAUCUCAGUACUGGAAAAGUCACUGUGACAGAAGUCAGUGAGAUGGCCUCGGUGCGCAAGUACCUGGAAGGAACUAACUGCAUUGCAGGAGUGUAUAUCCAGUCAACCAACCAGACUAUGAGCAUCUAUGAAGCCAAAAGCAAAGGUCUUCUGACUCCUGGCACCUCUCUGGUUCUGCUGGAAGCCCAAGCUGCAACUGGCUUUGUCAUUGACCCAGUCAACAACAAGAAACUCUCUGUGGAGGAAGCUGUAGCUCAAGGAGUGGUUGGACAGGAGUGGAAAAGCAAAUUGCUUUCAGCAGAGAGAGCAGUUACGGGAUACAAAGAUCCUUACACUGGAAACACAAUUUCUUUAUUCCAGUCCUUGAAGAAAGACCUUAUUGUGAAAGAUCAUGGAAUCCGUCUUCUUGAAGCACAGAUUGCUACAGGGGGCAUAAUUGACCCUGUGUACAGUCACAGAGUACCCGUUCAGGUGGCAUACCAAAGAGGUUACUUUGAUGAAGAAAUGAACAAAAUUUUGUCUGAUGCUGACGAUGACACCAAGGGCUUCUUUGACCCCAACACCAAAGAGAACCUCACUUAUCUUCAGCUGGUUGAGAGGUGUAUCACAGAUCCCAUUACAGGCCUCAGCUUGCUGGUCAUUGUGAACAAAGGAGAGCUGUAUUUCUUUGUUGAUGAGGCAACAAAACACAUUCUGAAAUCAAAAACAACCACCAGAGCUGGAGGGGAAUAUCAAGGAGCAACAGUCUCACUCUGGGAUCUGCUAUACUCCAGGUACGUUGCUGAGGAGAAGAGACAGGACCUUGUGAAACAGUUCAAGAGUGGUGCUAUCACAAUUGAACGCUUUUUGGAAAUCAUCCUGACAAUCAUUCAGCAGCACACGACAACAACCCCUUCAUCAUCAACAAUAGUCACAUGUCCUCCACUAGAAACAAAAGAGACAUCCAGCAGCACGACAAAAACUACAACCACGACCAUCACAGAGAUUACAGAAGUUGAUACCUUCCAUGGAAUCAGAAAGGAUGUCACUGCCUCUGAACUGCUUGAAUCAAAAAUCAUUGACGAGGAGCUCUAUGAAGAUCUCAGUACUGGAAAAGUCACUGUGACAGAAGUCAGUGAGAUGGCCUCGGUGCGCAAGUACCUGGAAGGAACUAACUGCAUUGCAGGAGUGUAUAUCCAGUCAACCAAACAGGCUAUGAGCAUCUAUGAAGCCAAAAGCAAAGGUCUUCUGACUCCUGGCACCUCUCUGGUUCUGCUGGAAGCCCAAGCUGCAACUGGCUUUGUCAUUGACCCAGUCAACAACAAGAAACUUUCUGUGGAGGAAGCUGUAGUUCGAGGAGUGGUUGGACAAGAGUGGAAAAAGAAAUUGCUUUCAGCAGAGAGAGCAGUUACAGGAUACAGAGAUCCUUACACUGGAGACACAAUUUCAUUGUUCCAGGCUUUGACUAAAGAUCUGAUUGUAAGAGCUCAUGGUAUUCGUCUCCUUGAAGCACAGAUUGCUACAGGAGGCAUAAUUGACCCUGUGUACAGUCACAGAGUGCCUGUUCAGGUGGCAUACCAAAGAGGUUACUUUGAUGAAGAAAUGAACAAGAUUUUGUCUGAUGCUGACGAUGACACCAAGGGCUUCUUUGAUCCCAAUACCAAAGAGAACCUCACUUAUCUUCAGCUGGUUGAGAGGUGUAUCACAGAUCCCAUCACAGGCCUCAGUUUACUCCCACUACACAAGUGAAGUCGAUUUCAUGGUGAUUGUGUGAGGAAUAGUUAUUUCUCUUUUGUCUGUUUCAGUGGAUAACUAUUGCUGCAUAUUUGUCAUGGAUUUAACACAAAGAGAAGUAAAUCAGUGUUGAAAAUCAUCAAGAGGGUGGAAAAAAAAUUCCUCAACUAUGUGUAUACUAGUUGAAGCACUGCCACAUCAACCUGAUUAACUCACAACUUUAUUUUUGCUUCAAAUUAGUUUCGUAUAUGUCGUUACCCUUUAUUUCAGUUGUCACUGGUGAAGUAUAUGAAAAGCCUGUUUUCACUGUCAGUCAAAACUGUAACAAACGGUGCAAAGUUUUUUUUUUCUCUCCACAUCUUGCAGUUUUGUUUUCAACUGUUUCAUGUUAUAGUGGGAACAAACACUUCAGUUGUUUUUUUUCACCAAGUUCAACUUACAGAAGCUUGAUCGUUAAGCUUCUUGGUAUUGCUUGUCUUCAAUCUGCUGUUUUACUCUGAAUAAGGUCACACAUGUCUUCAAAACUGUCAAGAUGCUUUUCUGUUAUUCUGGACCAAUAAAGGAACUAUCAAUACUA